AUGAAUCUCUUUCGUCUCCCAGCCGCUGUCAGAGCGGCCGAAACGCUCGACAGGGCUCUCUUCUCGCGCACACUGCCAACGGCGGCCGCGUCGGUGCGUGACAAUCGGCUGCUUGCCAAAUACCGCAAGCAGCUUGAGAAGACCAACGAGAUGCUGCUCCUCGACAGGUUUAACCCCAUCGUCGCGGAUCCUGAUGCCAGCCUCGGGGGGCAGGGCAGGAAAUGCCUUAUUCUCCAACCCAGCGUGAAGCCAGGAGUUCCCGAGACAUGGAGCCCAGUCCUGCAAGAGGCGUCGAAGCUGGGAGACUUGACCGUUGUGCCGUUCGAGGUAACGAUCGGCUACGACUUGUGGAGCUACUUGGACGUGAUGAGGUCACUCUUACCGGAGCACCUCCAUGGCGAGAUCCCAGUUGGUUUCAACACAGCCGGCCACGUCGCGCACCUCAACCUCCGUAGCCAAUAUCAGCCAUACAAGCACAUGAUAGCCCAAGUGAUCGUCGACAAGAACCCGACAAUCCGGACCGUCAUCAACAAGACGGACAACGUCGGAACCGAAAGCGAGUUUCGGACGUUUGCGUACGAGGUGCUCGCGGGAGCCGACGACAUGCUCGUCGAGGUCAACGAGGCCGGUUGCGUCUUUCAGUUCGACUACUCCAAGGUGUACUGGAACACGAAGCUGGGCACGGAGCACCAGAGAAUCACGGGGCUCUUCAAGGCCGGCGAAGUGGUGGUCGAUGUCAUGGCGGGAAUCGGCCCCUUUGCGGCGCCUGCUGGCAAGAAGGGCGUCUUCGUCUGGGCCAACGACAAGAACCCGGAGAGCUACAAGUACUUGAGCGAGGUGGUUUCCGAGUUUGUCAAGCCCUUCAACUGCGACGGUCAUGAUUUCAUCCGCAAAGCCGCCGAUCUCGUCCUGGAGGCGUCGCGGCGCGGCGACUGCGCCGUGGUCAAGCCGGUGAAAGUGUCGAGAAGCGCGCCGGUCGAAUCCCGGCCGGCGCCCGUCCGCAUUCCCGUGCCGGCCACCGUCGCCCACUUCGUCAUGAACCUACCGGCGUCGGCGCUCGAGUUUCUGCACAACUUUCGCGGCCUCUACCAUGGCCAGGAGAGGCUCUUUGCCCCGCACACGGAGACGCGGCUUCCCAUGGUGCACGCCCACUGCUUCGCCGUCAAGGCAACGGACGCGACGGCCUUGGACGACAUCUGCGGGCGAAUCUACAACGAGCUUGGCGUCAAGUUCACGCCGGGGGAUGCGGCGAGGGAUGGCGAGGUGUCGAUCCACGAGGUCCGUGAUGUGGCACCCGCAAAGCGCAUGUUCUGCGCCAGCUUUCGGCUGCCGGCGGAGGUCGCCUUUGCCCCCCGCGCCUGA